CGCAGUAAACUUGUUCAUAAGAUUUACAAUAUUGUGUCAAAAUGAAUAUUGCCUACGUGUUGUUGGCGUUGUCGGCUGCAGUAUUCUGCCCCGGAGAAGCAUGCAGAUGCGGAAUUGUGGAAGAAAAAGACAGAUUUUGCAGAGCUGAAUGGGGAAUGAUUGGCCAUGUCGUGUCAUCUACUGUUGUUGGUGAUGAACGCGUAUUCGGUGUCAUAGUUCGAGGGAGCCUAAAGGGUAACACUGGAUACUCUUUCUUGCGAGUCUACACAUCCACGGUCGGCUCAUUGUGUGGGGUUAAAUUGGGCGUUAAUAAAGACUAUCUGCUCGCUGGUUCCAUUAAUCAGCAACGCCUUUAUCUGGGACUGUGCAGUAUCGUUAGAGAGUUGACAAGCGCAGAGUUGCUAACAUACAGACCACCACCUUGUUAAUAUUUGUAUACACCCUUCAACAAUUACAAUACUGCUUUGUAUUUGGCGUAGCUGUAUAAGCCAGCUUUUCACCUUACCUGACCUUUGUAAGUGUUCAAUAAAAUUCAAAAAAAUUUCCCGCGGCUAGACACGAAUGAAUACACUUCAUUUAGUCCGUUGGCUGAUUUAAGCAUACCGCCAGAACAUUGGAAACAUGAACGCUUCUUUGUAGCACUGUUUUACUGCGUUUUCAGCAUGAAACAAUUUUAUCUCUUAUGAAAAGGCUUAAUAGAUAAAACAGUUUUUACACUAAACACUCGACAUCAAUACAGUUUGUGCGUGCACCUUUUAUUUUCAGAGAAUUGCCAGCGCCAGAGCGUUUGUACUUAAAGGCUAUAUUCUCAUAUUUAGUAAUUACUUUCAUAUUCCUGUCUGUGUACUAGUAUAUGUAAGUUCAUAAAAGUAUGUUUUUCCCUAUCCUGAUAUUCGUUUUGGCCAUACCAUUUUAAAUUGUUUUCCAAAUUGAACAUUUGACAUGUAAAAGUAUAAAGUUUAAUACAAGCCGUCGUUCCAGCAGUGGAAGCUUGACCUCACUUUAAUGCAUCGCAUUCCAACCCGCAAGGUAUCAGGGUCAGUUCGCGGCCAGUAAAACAAUCGUUAUAUAAUAUAGACGCUAUCGCGUGAACUAGGUGAACUGGAAUUUUCUUUAGACCAGAAAUAUGUUAAAUGAAGAUAUUCAGCGAUAUAAUUAUGGUAUGUCAAUUAUAGAUUCUUAAUGUUUUUUCAACAAUACCAUGAUAAAUAUUAUUUUUGAUUAAUUUAACAAGAAUUAUUCCACCAUAUUGACUAAUGUAUUAAGCAUGAGCGCGAUGAUUCUCGAUACUGCUAAUAUUCGAAUCAAAUAGCAAUGCCCGUUAAACCACUAAAACAAGUUUCUUCGAAGAACGCGCGUAUAAAUAUUAAAAAUAUGUACGGAUACUCAGCGUGUGGCCGGUUGACUCAUAUGUUUUAAUUUCAUUCCCAUUCUUCUUUUGGUUUUCUGUUUUGUAUCUAUAGGUUUAUGACCAGCAAUAUGUAAUAAUGUAAAAUAAGCCGCGAACACUCCGCGUAACAUCCCUUACUGCGUGUGAUGCAGCUAAGAACUGCACAGAAAAAGACAUUCGCUAUCUUUGAUCUCAUUCAUUGAACUCUUUACCUUUCACCAACUUUUACCACAAU